AUGACGACACCUCUUAUAAAACUUGGUGUAGACGCAACAGCACGAUCUUUGGCACGUUUGCCCAGCCAAAAUACACCAAUUAUACACAUAGCGGGCACUAACGGCAAAGGAUCGACGUCUGCGUAUGUCGAUGCACUCUUGACGGCAUUUGGGUGCGUGGUGGGGAGGUUUAAUUCGCCGCAUUUGGUGCAAGAGCGCGACAGCAUAUGUGUGGGUGGCGCAGUCAUAGACAGGCAGGCGUACGACGCUACACGCGAGCACCUCGCACACGACGACAGCAACUACAACACACUCACCGGGUUUGAAAAACUCACCGUAACCGCCUUCUCGUUAUUUGGGAGCGAGAGAGUGGAUGUCGCCGUCGUCGAGGUGGGCAUGGGCGGGCUGCACGAUGCAACGAAUGCCUUCAGCCGCGAAGAGAGGGACAGCGUGGCGGUGAUCACCCCUAUCGCGCUCGACCACCAGUCCUGGCUUGGCAGCACCGUGGAGGAGAUCACCGCGCAGAAAAUAGGCAUCAUCACCGCGCACACCACUGCUGCCGUCGUCGCACCACAGAUACACCCACUCGUCGUCGAGCAGGUGCGCAAGAGGUGCGAGGAGCUGGGCGUGCCGCUGUAUGUCGGUGGACAGGAGCACGAACGCGAUACCCUCACAAACCCAUCGACAGGCGCACGCAUACACACACAGCUGAGCAUGGCGGGUGCGCAUCAGAUGGAGAACGCUUCUACUGCGCUGCUCACGUUGCAUGCAUUCAAGAUGCACUGUAGACGCUUUAGACGCUUUAGACGCUUCGAGAGUGUCGGCGUGGACGACGAGCUGGUGCGCCACACUCUCUCACACGUGCGUUUCCGUGGCAGAUCAGAUCGGUAUGCGAUCCCGGGAGCUGUGGUCGAUGGGGCACACAAUCCAGCUGCGGCGAGGCAUCUGCGCGAUACACUCCCAAACCACCCCCACCAGUUCAUUCUCGCUUUCAGCCAGGACAAGGAGGUAGCGGAGAUGCUCAAGGUACUUGUGCGGCCUGCUGACAAGAUCGUAUUCGUGCCCUUCUCCACUCCACCGUCCAUGCCCUGGGUGGGGAGCAUGGACACGCACUCACUCAAAUCGCUGGCAGAGGGAAUUUUCAAUGGGAGUGUGCAGGUUUCGACUGCUGAUAGUGUACAAAGUGCUCUGAAGGAGUGCACUGGAAACGUCGUCAUUGCCGGCAGUUUGUAUUUGGUAGCGGAUGUUUAUAGAGAUGCUCAUUUCAAGCACGCCAUCCAGAUUACGCAGCAAUGCGUCCAAUUUAUCCUCCAGCUUCGAUGCAGCGUCGUCCACGCUGUCCAAAUCGCCAGCCAGCCGCGUCUCAUCGAGAGGAUUCGCCUCAUCCGCCGGCGUUUCGAGGAUCCUUUUAAUGUCACUGACAGCGUCCAUAGCGGGAGUCGUGGGAGUUGCUUUCCAACGCACACGAUGGCACAGGCAGAAUUGAAACUGGCGAUACUCGUCUGCGACAGUACACUCGCAUCUAUCGAGGCAGAGGAGGGUGACUGCGAGCGUAUAUUCGGCACGUUCCUACACACUGCGAACGACGCACUCAACGCGCCGUUCAAGUUGAUCAUCGAUGCGUUCGACGUAUACGAAGACCGCUACCCCGAGGAUGUAACCAUAUACGACGGCGUGAUUAUCUCAGGAAGUACCAGCGACGCCUACAGCGAGGAGGACUGGGUGGUAGACCUCGCAGACUACAUCAGCGGUUUGGUGAACUCGUUCAAACGGACAAAGGUGCUUGGCGUGUGCUUUGGGCAUCAGCUCCUCGCGCGUGCGCUGGGCGGGGUUGUUCAGCCUGGCGAUAUGGAAAUGGGGAGCACGGCUGUGCGCGUGUGCGAUGGCGAACUCGCUGCCAAGUACUUUGGCUGCAACGAGCACCAGGACACGUUCAAUGUCUUGCAAGCACACCGAGACGUCGUCCACGUUGCCCCACCAAUGCUCACCACCGUCGCCGCUACCGAAACGUGCAAACAUCAGGCUUUCGUGAAGCUCAUCGACGGUGUCGUGCAGUGCUGGUCUGUGCAGGGACACCCCGAAUUCACGCCAUCCAUCAUGCGCAAGGUGGUAGAAGCUGAGACAAGAAAUCAUCAAACACCCCAGCAAACACGCGACGAGUGGCUCGGGCGUGCUCAACAGCCCCACGAUGGCAUCGCACUAGGCAAGGCUAUAUUAAAUUUGUUUAGAUAA